AUGAUCAUUCCCACCAUUGCAAUUCUGGGGACAAUAAGCCUCGCACAGGCUAGUGUUAUUCCAAAGAGACAGCCCGAGACUGGCAGUCACUGCACCGAACCUCCUCAGAGGAUCGAGUGGCGCCAGCUUGAGCCUGCUCAGCAGAAGGAAUACAUCGACGCUGUACUUUGCUUGAAGACCAAGCCGUCGCGGAUUGGACUCAAGUCUUUGUAUGAUGACUUUCCCCACGUUCAUUUCCAGCUGGCAGGCAGCAUUCAUAACCAAGCGCCGUUCCUGCCAUGGCACAGGUAUUUCACCCAAAUCUACUUCGACGCGCUGGGCGAGUGCGGCUUCACAGGUCCAGGAACCUACUGGGACUGGACACUCGACCACGACUCCCUGCUCGCCUCUCCUGUGAUGUCACCCAUCACCGGCUUCGGCGGUAACGGCGCGGCCAACCGCUCGGAGUACAUUUCCGCCACAUCCGAAACGGUGCAGUGUGUCGAUAACGGGCCCUUCAAAGACCUGCGGCCGGAGUAUCUGGCCAAUUCGCCCACUGAAAUUACUGAAGGCGGGCAUUGCUUCUUCCGCAGCGUUGUCGAGGCUAACGAGCCUGAGGCGUGGGAAACAAUGAAAGGCUUUCUUACGCCGGAGUAUGUGGCGGAGCAGCAGAAACUGAAGAACUAUGCUGAAUUUGCGCCCAACCUUGAGGGAAGCCCGCAUGGGACUAUUCAUGCAAGUUUGGGGGGUGAGAUGAAUCCUACAACAUCGCCGAAUGAACCCCUCUUCUUCCUCCAUCACCCACAGAUCGACCACCUUUACUGGACGUGGCAGCAGCAAAAUCCUGCGAAGCGCGAGACGGAGUAUGAGGGUCAGCACUUGCCCUGGGGUGGCAAGGACUUCAUUCCGGUGUCUUUGAACGAUACGCUGAAUAUGUUGGGUCUUGCGCCUGAUGUGCAGGUGAAAGAUGUCUUGAGUACAACCGGGCCGCUGCUGUGCUACCGUUACUGA